AUAUGAGUUAUGUUUGGCAGGGUUAGAGAUAUUUUUCAAAUAUUGAUAAUCUCGUAUAUCUAUUUCAAUUUGAGAGCCGAUCUAUUUUGUGGUUUAUUAUGUUAAAAUUAUUACAUGCUCAUACGACAGCGUUUUGACCAGCUUUCGUCUCCCUCGUAUCUGAACUAGCAAACAUUCUUCUAGGGCUCGCAAUCCCAAUCACAAACCCUAAUUUUCCCUCCAUUGCGAUUAUCAUUCCAUCAAAAUGGCAAUUGCACGCACCGGAGUUUACGUCGACGACUAUUUAGAGUACGCCAACACAUUGCCCGCUGAGCUUCAGAGGCUUUUCAACACCGUUCGAGAACUCGACGAACGAUCCCAAUCUAUGAUAAACCAGACCAGGCAGCAAACAAAGUACUGUAUGGGAGUCUCAUCUCAUGGCUCUAAGAAAGGUAAUCAUAAUCAUAAUUAUAAUAACAGUUACGCGAAUGAGGACGAUGAUGCUUCCAUUGAGAAAUUGCUUAAAGAAAUUGAGGCAAAUCAGGAUAGUGCAUUGAGUCUAUGCACUGAGAAGGUUUUGUUGGCGCGGCAAGCAUAUGAUCUGAUAGAUAGCCAUGUAAAACGACUUGAUGAAGAUUUAAACAACUUCGCUGAAGAUUUAAAGCAAGAGGGGAAAAUACCACAAGAUGAACCGGCCAUUCUUCCCCCACUUCCUAUUGUCCCUAAACCUGAAAAGCGCAGGCAUGGAUAUGGCACACCUCAAUCGAAGAGACUUGAUUACAGAGAUAUAGACUUUGAGCUAAUGCCUCCACCAGGAGGCCAUAAGAAGGAGUAUGUGACCCCUAUGGAUGUCGAUCAACCAAUUGAUCCAAAUGAACCUACAUAUUGUGUUUGUCAUCAGGUAUCUUUUGGAGACAUGAUUGCUUGUGACAACGAAAAUUGCCGAGGAGGUGAAUGGUUCCACUAUUCAUGUGUUGGCCUAACACAAGAGACAAGGUUCAAGGGAAAGUGGUAUUGUCCAACUUGCAGAUUACUACCACAAUGUCAAUGAUAAAUAUUUGCUCCACCAAACUAAGUUCAUGACUAUUCAUUGUUGUUUGAAUAGAAUUUUUACUCUUUAGUGAAUGAAUACUUUUGGGGUUGUGUUAUGAUUAAUUAAUGGGGUAAAAUUUUGAUGCAAAUCCCCUUAUAACCCUUUCCCCCCUCUCCUACCUACCUCGACCAGAAAAUACAUGUGGGAUUUGAAUUACUUGUCUUAACAAUGUAACUUUUCAACUAACAAGAGUUCCACUUGAAACCAAAGAAUGGAAAAAUACAAGCUACAAUUUCUUUCAAA